AUGGAGGGUGGUCCAGAGCAACUGCAUCUGGCUAAGGCAAUAGGGGAGGCAGGGGAUGGGCGGGCCUUGGCUGAAAUCCAGGAGUUGGCUCUGAAGUGGUUCAUGGAGACACAGGCACCCUCUAUCCUGCAGAAUGGAGCUCUGCCCCCCUGGUUUCAUGGAUUCAUCACCCGCAAGCAGACAGAGCAGCUACUCAGGGACAAAGCUCUUGGUUCCUUCCUUGUCCGCCUCAGUGAUCGGGCCGUCGGCUACAUCUUGUCUUACAGGGGUAGUGAUCGAUGCCGUCAUUUUGUUAUCAACCAGCUCCGAAAUCGACGCUACCUUGUCUCAGGAGACACCCUCAGCCACAGCACUCUGGAUGAGCUCUUACGCCAUUACCAGGAGGUGCAGCUUGAGCCUUUUGGGGAGACCCUUGCUGCUGCUUGCCCACGGCUAGAGGAAAAUGACCUGUAUGAUGCUGUCAACACCGGUUUCCAGCAGACUAAUAUGGAAAAUCCAGCUGCCAUGGAAUUUCCCACUGUGGUUGCUGACAAGACCACCAGCCCCCGCCUUCCUGCAAAGCCUCAGGUCUCCUUCCUGCACACCAAGAAAGACCUGGAUGUGAAUUCCUGGACUCUCUUGAAAGAGGAGAAUGUGGAGGCACACAUUCGAGUGCCCCCUAUUCCUCAGAGGAGUCCCUCUUUUCUGGAUGAGCCUUCUGCAGGCCCCAAUGACAUCAUUUACGCAGACUUGAAGAAGAUGAACUUGGCACAGCAAGGCCUGGGCACAGAUAUGUGUGGCAGGCACAGGCUACCUCCAGCUGGCUGCCUGGCUUGUUCUCCAGGCAGGAAGUCCUCAAAGAAACUCUCAGAUGAAGACCAGAGCAACCCUAAUAGUCCAGAGCCUGCUCCAUCUGGGGUGAAGACAGACCAGAAUGCUACCAUGCCUUAUGCUUCCUUGGGAUUCUCCCUACCCCCCAAUUCUGAGGCCGUGGGAUCACAGCCUACUAGUUGGAGGCAGGGGUUUCUAAAGUUGAGCCACGAGGCUCAGUCCUCCUCUGAAGCCAGUUCUGUAGAUACCUACCAGCUUGUUGGGACAGCAGGCCUACUUCAGGAGGGUAGGGACAGACCAGACCAAGAAGGCAGUACUUACGAGCAGAUUCCACCCUGCUGGCAUGGCACUGCCAAGCUCCCAUACCCUGGAGUCAGUCUCACAUACAGCCAACUCUCAGGGCCCAUGGACUGUGGCCAUGAGAAGAUCUUGGGGACCUCUCAGCUCCCAGAGCCAGGGAACACCUAUGAGCAAAUCCCAGCCUCCAAGAACAAGGAUACUGGACGGGUGAACAAGCCUGACAAGUUCCGGAGGUUCUUCUUCACAGACAAGAGGCACAAAUUCUGA